AUGUUCUUUGACGAUGAACAUCCCCUUGUGGUCUUAAUGAGCUUCCGAAUUUUGGUCUGGAUCUACGCUUCCUUGGUCUUUCACCUCUACACCCUCCAGGCUGCGUGCAUGUCAUGCAUGCUUCGUUCCCGUUCCACCGACUCAGCUUCGACCGACGAAGUUGUCUCUGCCACUGACUCACGAGUUAAUUACGUCGGUAAUGGAUGGACAAACCAAGGCAAUGGUGAACAUAUGUUCACCUCAGUCUCUGGUAGCUUUUCGCUCGAUUUUGUUGGCCAUGCUGUCUCUUGGUAUUCACGAAAACUGUAUAAUGGCGCAACAAUAUCAAUCACCCUCGACAAUGCCAACACUAUGAAAAUGGAUUUGAGCAGUGGGAUGUCGGAGAAUGAUACGCCAGUGGUGGCAGCGUUGUUCUCAAAAGACGGCUUGGAUGGCAGCGAAAGACAUCAUUUAUUCAUUCAAUGGGAAGGACCUGGGUCGAACAAUGUAGGCUCGUUUCUGGAAAAUUAUCAAAUAGUAUUCUCACCAGGAGCAGUUGUGUCAGCGAGUCCCAGUCCUAACCCGGCUGCAUCACGGACUCCGGGAUCUCCGACGUCUCCAGCUUCCAGUCCUUCUCCAUCUCCAAUCUCUGGAUCAUCGUCAUCACAAACCUCGACUACUGAUAGAACCGGUGCCUCAAGCCAAACUUCCACUCCAGGCUCUGUGGUCACUCUAUCGUCAAAUUCCAGUUCUGUGGUUACUCUGACUCUAAAUCCCAAUCCGAAUUCAAUCUCGACCCCAGGCUCCGACGGUGCAACUGGCUCAGGGACUAUCCCGAAUAAUAGUUCAAGUAUAGCUCCACCAUCAGGCUCGUCCGACUCACAUCCAAACAUCGGCUCAACCGUGGGUGGUGUAGUUGGAGGAAUUGUAGGCGCACUCAUUUUCUUAUGUCUGGUUCUUUUAUGCUUGCGGAGACGAAAAGCGCGCAUCCUAGCGCAACAGGAGUCAAAAGCCGGUAAUUCAAUCAUCUUCGUUCAUUCUCCAAUAUCCUUUGUUAACGUCCUUUUGUCGGUAUUUUAUCAAGCAACACCGUUUAUGACCUACCUAGAACGAAGACACAAUCCGUUUGCCUCUUCGGCCCUUUCUCAAACUUCCUCCAUGAAGCUGUUGUUUGAUUCGAGAGACCGAGAACGCCAGGAGGACCGGCGCGAGCCAGAGCGUAUCUACGUACUGGUGGAUCCAUCCUAUUCAGCAACGUUGCUUUCCCAAGGAGCGCUCCCUCAAUCGACGUUCACUCAAAGUUCAACGUCAAACUCACAGUCACUCUUUUCCUUUCCACGGGGAUGGAGAACGUUUCGUCGUAAUUCAGCAUUUAAAGCACGAAGUGAUACGACCCAGGGUACCUCACACACUACAACGUUGGGAAGACCGCCUGACAUGUCUUAUAACCCAAUUGCAUUCCUUCCAGGAAACCAUGAGCACCAGCAAGUGCUUGAUGAUCCGCCGCCUGUUUAUAGGAGUUAG